AUGCUUGCUUGUCGCCCACCAUCCUCUGCUGCCCUCGACACCAUGGCGCACAACGAUCAUCUGCUGCCGCGUCCGCGCGAGAUCCCAGGUCCAACCUCGCCACAGUCCAGCCUGCUCGCCGGCCGACAGCGCUACCUCCUCUUCCCGCGCUUCACGCUCGAGUCCGGCAUCACACUCACCGACGUCCCCGUCGCCUUCAAGACGUGGGGCCGUCUGGCGGAUACGCGCGACAAUGCGCUCGUCGUCUGCCACGCACUCACCGGCUCCGCAGACGUAGAGGACUGGUGGGGCCCGCUGCUGGGUGUCGACAAGGUGUUCGACUACUCGCGCUUCUUCGUCGUGUGCUGCAAUGUGCUCGGCAGCCCGUACGGAUCCGCAUCCUCGUGUACGCAGGCGGGCGGCGAAUCGUCCUGGGCCCAACACGGCGAUGAUGCCGCAGCGAUCGAUGCAACCGCACAGGCCAAGAUGCAGUGGGACGGGCAGGGUUGGUGGGGCCCCGAAUUCCCCGCCACGACCGUGCGCGACGACGUGCGCAUCCAGAAGCUCGUGCUCGAGUUUUUGGGGGUAGAGAGCGUUGCAGCGGUGGUGGGCGGCUCGAUGGGCGGUAUGGCGGUGCUCGAGUGGCCGCUCGUCUUCCCCACGCGCUGGCCCGGUCGUGCAGACUCGACCGCACGAUACAUCCAGGCGAUCGUGCCGCUCGCCACAUCGGCGCGCCAUUCGGCAUGGUGCAUCUCGUGGGCCGAGGCCCAGCGCCAGUCGAUCUACUCGGACCCGCUCUUUAAGCACGGCUACUACCUUCCUGCCGAGCCGCCGCGCAACGGGCUCUCGGCCGCACGCAUGGCAGCGCUCCUCACCUACCGCUCGCGCGACAGCUUCGAAUCGCGCUUCGGCCGUCGCGUCGGCAAGGCGCUCAAGGGCGGCGGUGCCGCUCUCCCCGUUCCGGACGCACACAGCGAAGCGCAAGCCAAGACCCUCGACGACCAGCGUCGCCGCUCGCUCGCACACGAUGCCGCUGCCGCCCACAACGAAGGCAACCUCUCGCCACGCGUCAAACCGUACGGCUCCAACUCGCCGCUCAACGGCUACUUUGCCGGCCCCAACGGUGCAUCGCUUUCGCCCACCGCCACCACACCUCCUGUCCCGGCGGUGCCACAUGCACCCACGGAGCUUUCGGACCAGGCAGUUGAGCGGCUCGUCGAACCGUUCUCGCCCAGCACCGCACCGGAGAUCUUCUCGGCGCAGUCCUACCUCCGCUACCAGGGCGACAAGUUCGUGCGGCGCUUCGAUGCCAACUGCUACAUCCACCUUACGCGCAAGAUGGACACGCACGAUGUGGCGCGCUCUCGCUGGGGGUGGCGUGUGCUUCGCACCUCGGACCGCAUCACGGGCGUAGUUCUCGACUCGGGCGUUCGACCGGAAACGGAGGAAGCGGAGGAUGCAGCGCUCAUGCGUGUUCUCGAUGUGCUGAGCGCGCACGAGGCGGUGGAGGGCAAGGUGCAACCACCAGCAGUGUUGGUGGUGAGCAUCGAGAGCGAUGGACUCUUUGCGCCGCCCGAGCAGAUGCUCAUCCACGACCUCGUACGCGGCAGCGAGUUUGUGAGCGUCAAGAGCUCCGAUGGCCACGACGGAUUCCUGCUCGAGUUCGAACAGAUCAAUGCCAGCGUUGGCGCUUUCCUCAGAAAGACGUUGGCCGAGAUUUAUCAAAGGCCAAGGCUGCAGGUGCAGCACCAACAGCAGCAGGUAAAGGAAAGCGUGUUUGGAGAGGUCGAAGACGUCACGCGCUGCAUCCAACUGCCACGUUCACCGCUCAUGACAAUUCUCGCAUCCACCGGCUUGGAUCCCUUGUUGCAGGGCGCACGUAUACCUAGCAUCCAACUGCUCACCGCGCAUGGCCUCAUCUAG